AUGCUUCUCCCACGCCUUUUUGGCUUGGCUGCCAUUUCAUUGGCAAGCCUAGGAGUUGCUGUCGAACUUACCGGCUAUGAAUAUGUCAUCGUUGGAUCUGGAGCUGGUGGUGGACCAUUAGCUGCUCGUCUUGCUCUUGCCGGCCACAAAACUUUACUAAUCGAGGCUGGAGAUGACCAGGGAGAGAACACCAACUAUACUGUCCCUGCUUACUCCGCCAAAGCAUCAGAGGAUCCAGCCAUUGCUUGGAACUACUUUGUGCGCCACUACACGAAUGACACUCGCCAGGCACUGGACUACAAGACCACCUACGAUACCCCCGAUGGCGGCGAAUACGUUGGUCUCAACCCACCCGAGGGCUCAACCAUGAAGGGUAUUCUGUACCCGCGUACUGGCACACUCGGUGGAUGCACCGCCCAUAAUGCCCUGGUUACCGUGUACCCUUUCGAAUCCGACUUUGACUACAUCUCCACGCUGACAGGCGAUGGCUCAUGGGCCCCGGAUAACAUGCGCAAGUACUUCGAGAAGAUGGAGAACAACAACUACCUCCUCCCCCUCAUCUCAGGCCACGGAUACGAUGGUUGGCUCCAUGACCAAACCGCACCCAUCAGCAUCGUCCUCGAAGAUCCUCAACUUCUGGACUUGCUCCUUGGAGGCGCCUUCGCUCUGGGAAACAUCACCGAUACCAUCUUUAACGUCGCAACUCUCCUAGCCGGCGACGCCAACGCCAAUUCUCGAACCCGCGACACAGAAAACGGUUACUACCAAGUCCCAAUAGCCACCAACGGCGCAAAACGCAACGGUCCGCGCGAGUUCCUCGUCGCCGUCCGAGACGCCAAGAACAUAGACGGCUCCCAGAAGUACCCCCUUGACAUCCGCACAAACUGCCAAGCCACAAAAGUCCUUUUCGAUAACUCCACCGGCACCCCUCGCGCAUCUGGCGUCGAAUUCCUCGAUGGAAAAUACCUCUUCCGCGCGAGUCCUCUCUCCGGCACAGCAGCCAAGGGUACACCCGGUAACGUCACCGCGUCUCGCGAGGUAAUCGUCGCAGGAGGCGUGUACAACUCUCCCCAACUUCUCAAACUAAGCGGUAUCGGACCGGCCGAUGAACUCCGCCAGUUCGGCAUCGACGUCCUCGUCGAUCUACCCGGUGUUGGGACGAACCUGCAAGACCACUACGAGAUCUCUGUGCAGGGCCAAUUACCGCACAAUUUCACCGCGUUGGAUGGAUGCACAUUUGGCGUGGAUGGAGCCGAGGAUCCCUGUCUAGAGCGCUGGGAGAAUCCCAUCCUCGGAAACAGAGGUAUCUACUCAUCGAACGGAUUCGCUAGUACGAUGCUGUAUAAGAGUUCUGUGGCUGUGGAUGAUGACUUUGAUGCGUUUGUCUUUGGUGGGCCGAUUAAUUUCCGUGGAUACUUCCCCGGAUAUAGUGUUAAUAUCACCGAGCACCAUGAUUGGUUCUCGUGGGCGAUUCUGAAGGCCCAUCCACGAAAUACUGCUGGUUCGGUGAAGCUUCGUUCUGCGGAUCCGCUUGAUAUGCCGGAGAUCGUGUUUAAUUAUUUUGAUUCUGGGAUUGGGGACUAUGAGGCGGAUUUGACUGCUAUGACUGAGGCUAUUUGGUUGGCGCGGGAUGCGUUCAAGCGUCAGCUGGUUGAUGUUGAGGAGAUUUUGCCUGGGAAGGAUAUUACUUCUACUGAGGAGAUUCAGGAUUAUAUCAUGAAUACUGCCUGGGGACAUCAUGCUUCCUGUACUUGUCCUAUUGGCACUGAUGAUGAUCCCAUGGCUGUUUUGGACUCCAAGUUCCGGGUUCGUGGUGUGAGUGGUUUGCGUGUUGUUGAUGCUUCUGUUUAUCCUCGCAUUCCUGGAACUUUCACAGCAGUUUCGACUUAUAUGGUUUCGGAGAAGGCAGCGGAGGUGAUAUUGGAUGAUGCCAGCGACUGA